UUUCUACAACUACACUAUACAUUGAUGCAGGAGCCUCUCUCUGAACACACUUCAGCUCGUCUGGUAUUUUUUCCACAAUGCCCUGGUGUGAGCUAGUAGCUUUUAUCAGUGAACACAGGGCCAUGAAAAUACAAGCCAGUGUGGACUCGGUCUCGGGCGCACCAAGACAACUAACGCUAGAUAGAAUGGUCUGAUGUCGAGUCAGUCAAUGGACGGACAGUGUUUGCCGAAUACUAAGAUUUGCAAUAUCUGAUCAAAACUCGGAACGUGGACUGUUUUCUCACCCUGUGCUGUUCUGAGCCCAAGAUGCAGCUGUAAGAGUUGAUUGCCCGUCAGACCUAAAAACUGGUGACAGAUAUAAACGCAGUCUCUCCAAGCCUCUGCUGGGCACUUGUCACUGCUGCCACAGCCCACUGUGUUGGAUGCUGCGGAAUAACAAGCAGAGGAAGAGAAAAAGAAGAAGAGUUAAACUCCCCCUCCUUAGGACUGCCAUGUUUGUGUUAUGAUGAGAAACUGAUUUAAGGAGAAGCUUGUCAAAUCUGAGGGCAAUUUAGCGUGAUCAAAACAAGGAAGUGACAGAAGAGUGUUUGAGGUAAGUGCCAAGGUGCCAGCCUAACUAGGUUGGCAGUGCCAGUUCAGGCGAAAGAAUGACCAGCCUAUUCAAGCGCAGCAGCAGUAAUGGAGGCUCCAGAGGAGGAGGAGGAGGAGGGGGCGGUGGUGGGGGUGGUGGCGGUUCCACCCAGGGAGAGCUCAACAACAGCCGGCCAAAUCGGCAAGUCCGGCGCCUCGAGUUCAACCAGGCCAUGGAGGACUUCAAGAUCAUGUUCCCCAGCAUGGACUAUGAGGUCAUAGAGUGCGUGCUGCGCUCGAACAACGGGGCAGUGGACGCCACCAUCGAUCAGCUGCUUCAGAUGAGCAUCGACGGAGGCGGCUCGGAUGACAGCUCCGACUCUGAUGACAGCAUCCCCCCAGAGAUUUUGGAGAGGACAUUGGAACCGGACAGUUCAGAUGAGGAACCGCCCCCUGUUUACUCCCCACCAACCUACGACAUGCACAUCUAUGACCGGAAAUACCCAGAGGCCCCACCCACCCCUCCACCAAGGUUUGAGGCCCAGCCACCCCCAGGCCACCGACAAGUCCAAAGCUACAGGAACUGGAACCCGCCCAUGCUUGGGAACCUGCCUGAUGACUUUUUGAGAAUCUUGCCUCAGCAGAAGGACAAUAUAACGGGUUCUCAGAGUCAACAGUCCCAGCCAUCUUCCUCUUCCUCCCUCUCCUCCAUGAGCCAGAGGGAGUCUCAGGGGGCUGAUGGGACCCCUGGGGGGGCAGGUGGGGCAUCGGGGGCCUCAGAACAAGAGCGGAAGCUCAAGCAGUAUCUGGAAGACGAGCGUAUUGCGUUGUUCCUUCAGAACGAGGAGUUCAUGAGAGAACUGCAGCGCAACCGAGAGUUCCUCGUUGCCUUAGAGCGAGAUCGCUUGAAGUAUGAAUCAAAGAAAUCCAAGUCCAAUCACUCAUCUAGCAUGGAGAAUUCCACAGGAGAACACUGUGCCUCAGGUUCGAUGGAAGCGUGUACUGCUGUCUCGGACGACGCCAUGUUCAGAGACAAACUCAAACACAUGGGCAAAUCAACGAGAAAGAAGCUGUUUGAAAUCGCCAGAACAUUCUCUGAGAAGACCAAGAGGAGAAAGUCAAAAAGGAGAAUGCUCUUGAAACACCAGUUACUUGGAACGGCCAACUCUACAGCCAACCUCCUGGAUGAUGUGGAGGGAAACCCAUGUGAGGAGGACAGCAAACCUAAAGGGUCAGCCACUCAGGAAGAGGAUGAGCAAAACAGGGAACGGGUGUCAUGAUUGUCCCAAGCUGUACCUCAUCAGGGUAUCCAUGGUGACUGCUGAAUGACCCAUGGCUGGUAGCAGAGUAGCUUUCUGAUCCCUCCUAACCUCCUGUCUGGCCCCUCUCUCCAACACAUGCCAACCCCUCCCAGAACCCUACCACCCUCACCCCCAUAUCCCCAGAGUAACAGGACCAGACUGACCUCUCUCCCUCACUCUGGGCCUUCAUGUGUCCAUACUGCUUUAUAAUCUCUGUAUACUGUAACUCUUUUGUUAAUAUAUGAGUUCAUAUUAAGUUUUAUAUUGGGUCUCUUUAUCUCAGUUACGCAUGGUAGACAGAACAACAAUGAUCUUGUCCAUCUGACCUGUCAAAGAUUUUUUAUAUGACGCUAGUCCCUCCAAGUCUAUACGCUGAAGUGUGCUCAAGCCCCUUUGUUUGGCUCUUAACCAUAUUUAUACCCAUUUAUAAAGCAUUUCUCAAUUGCAUCACCACCGACUUGACAAUAGAAGCAAAUGUCUAUUUUCAACUGACCUUGCCUCAGUUCCACGUCACAGUGUCAAGUCGGAACAGUGCUUGCUUCUGAAGACGCUUGUGUGAAACGGAUACCUUUUCAAAGUUCCUCUCUCUCCGCACUUUUCUUCUGGAGAGGCCCUGAACACAAUGUGCUGUGGCGGUUAUAUCAUAGUGUAGAUGUCUGUGUGUGUGGAUUGAUGGGUGUUAUUCAAGUCUAUUUCAGGGUUUUUGUUUCACUCCACAUUGUCACUGUUGUUAAAAUGCCAAGCAUAAUUUUAUGGCCUGCCAUUUUUCAAAAACUCCUGAAAUAAACCUCAAUGUUUGUUUUUUCAGUAUUUAAGUUAUGGAAGUCAGAUAUCCUUCCAACUACACUGCCAUAGCUCUACAUUCUCACUGUAUAUCUUUGAAGACGUAUAAUUCAUUUUUCCUAAAUAUCAGUUGACAUAAUGAGAGUGUAUUUUGAACAAGUGUUAUUCUAAUGUGCACAAUAAUGUCAUUAACAGAAGCGUUUGAUAAACAGUGAAUUAUUAUAUUA